AUGGAAUCAACACCUUCGUCCCUACUUUUGAGCCUACCCGCUGAGCUGCGAAAUCGCAUCUGGCAUGAAAUCCUCCUACCGCAAUCAGACGAUUCGUUUCGUCUGACCAACGACCACAUGGAACCAAGCCUCCUCUGCGCCAAUCGCCAAGUCCGACUCGAGGCAAUUGGCAUCUUCUACAGCAACAAUAAGCUUCAUUUCUCUGACCCUCAGACCUGUGUUCGUCGCCUCACCUCUAUACCUUCAGAGUAUGUAGCCUUGAUUCCGGAGUUGCAAUACGACACCACCGAGACAUGCGAACAAGGCACAUCGUGGAGGACAGCGUUCAGAGGAUUGCCUGGACUGGAGCAGGAGACGAAGAUGAGAGACCUGAAGGAGGAGAUGUCGAAGCAUGGAGUGGAGCUGAGAGCAGGGGUCUUGAAGUGUAGGAUUCUCCUGAGCAAUGGGCCGGUCUGGACGACCCAUCCAAUGAACGCAAGCCUGGAGGCUGCGGACAAUGGCAUGAUGGUGUGUAGGAUGAUGUUCUUCUGA